CACAUAUAUUCUGUUCUUCGGUUCCAAUAUUCAUGAUCCUCUCUAAUUUGUCUCUCAUUCCUCUCUUUUUAAUAAACCAUGGAAUAACCAAUUUAAAGGAGUUUUAAGAAGAGCUUGCAAUAUAUAUGAGAGUGGGAGUGGUAUGAUACUCCACAGUCCACCACCCCCAAUCAAAUGCUCUACUCCAAGACUCUCACUCGAACAGCCUUAUGUACCCUCUUGGAGCCAUUGCUCAACCAAUUCCGGCCUCACAUCCUAUCCUAUGCACCUAUUUUCCAGUUCUUGACUGGUCACAACCUCUUAAAACUUGGCCAACAAGUGCAUGCCCACAUGGCCCUUCGUGGGGUCGAACCCAAUGCCUUCCUCGCCGCCAAGAUGGUCGCUAUGUAUGCCAGUUCUGGCAAUCUUAACUCGGCCAUGGCUGUAUUUCACAAAAUCAAUACCCCAACUGCUCUUUUAUAUAAUUCGAUACUUCGGGCUUGUGCUCGGUAUGGGUAUUUCGAAAUAACCAUUGGGAUUUUCUUUCGAAUGCACUCUCUAGGCGUUAAGGGUGAUAACUUUACGUUCCCUUUUGUGCUCAAGUCUUGUGCCGAAUUGUCAAGUCGUUGGAUGGGAAAAUGUGUUCAUGGGCAGAGUUUGAGAAUUGGGUUGGAGUUUGAUAUGUAUGUUGGGACUUCUUUGAUUGAUAUGUAUGUAAAAUGUGGUGAAUUAGCAAAUGCCCGUAAGUUGUUUGAUAAAAUGACAAUGAGAGAUAUUUCGUCCUGGAAUGCUUUAAUUGCUGGGUAUAUGAGGGAUGGGGAAAUUUAUGUUGCUGAGGAUUUGUUUUGGACAAUGCCAUGUAGAAAUAUUGUUUCUUGGACUGCUAUGAUAUCAGGGUAUGCUCAGAACGGGUUGGCUGACCAGGCGUUGCAUGUGUUUGAGAUGUUGAAAGAAGAUUCGGAGGUAAGGCCUAAUUGGGUAACAAUAAUGAGUGUGCUUCCUGCGUGUGCACAUUCAGCUGCUCUUGAGCAUGGGAGACGGAUUCAUGACUUUGCCGAUGAGCUUGGUUUGGGUUCGAAUGCCUCUGUACAGACAGCACUUGUUGCAAUGUAUGCUAAAUGUGGGAGCCUUGCUGAUGCUCGUCAAUGUUUUGAUAGGAUAGGUCAAAGUGAAAAGAAUUUGGUUGCUUGGAAUACUAUGAUAACUGCUUACACUUCCCAUGGAUGUGGAAUGGAAUGUGUAUGGACUUUUGAGGAAAUGAUCAGAGCGGGCAUUCGGCCUGAUAACAUCACAUUUAUAGGGUUAUUAUCUGGAUGCAACCACUCAGGUCUUGUUGAUGUUGGCCUAAAAUACUUCAAUUGUAUGAACUCAAUAUUCUCUGUUGAACCAAGAGUUGAACAUUAUGCUUGCAUUGUAGAUCUUUUGGGUCGUGCAGGGCGCUUGGUGGAAGCAAAAGAGCUCAUUGAUAAAAUGCCAAUGCAAGCAGGACCAAGCAUAUGGGGUGCAUUAUUGUUUGCUUGCCAAAGCCACCGCAAUUUGGAAAUUGCAGAAAUUGCUGCUAGAAAGUUGUUUGUCUUAGAACCAGAAAAUGGUGGGAAUUAUGUCCUGCUUUCAAAUAUGUAUGCUGAAGCCGGCAUGUGGAAGGAGGUGGACAAUGUGAGAGCUCUUCUAAAAUGUCGAGGCAUGAAGAAAAAUCCUGGAUGCAGUUGGAUUUAGGUUAAUGGGAAAUCUCAUUUGUUUCUUGGUGGAGAUACAUCUCACCCUCAAGUAAAGGAAAUCUAUAUGUUUUUGGAGGCAUUGCCUAAGAAGAUUUAAGGCAGCGGGUUACAUACCUGAUACUACUUUUGUUUUGCAUGAUGUUAGCGAAGAGGAGAAAGAAUAUAACCUCACCCACAGUGAAAAGCUAGCCAUUGCAUUUGGGCUUUUAAACACUAGUCCUGGAGUUCUCUGUGUGACCAAAAACCUUCGAAUUUGUGGAGAUUGUCACACAGCCACCAAGUUCAUAUAAAAAAUUUAUGGACGGGAGAUAAUUGUGAGGGAUGUAAAUUGAUUCCAUCACUUUAAAGAUGGGUCUUGCUCCUGCGGAGAUUAUUGGUAAUUAAAAUAAUAGGACGCAAGGCAAGUCCUUAGAUUCGUAUGCAUUUUGUAUUGCCCUGCUUCCUUGGUGAUAUGUUGAAGUCACACAAGGACAUUUUUCAUCAUCCUGCACCAUAAAUUACAUGCUAAUAAGCAAAUUCAGCAGCUUGAUGGGUACCUUCGUGCCAAUUCAGUCGAUGGGAAAGACAGAGAUCACACUAUUCUGCAUCCACGGUAGCUACCAGGUCUUUUCAAUAUGAAACACCUGAAGCAGCUACAUUAAGGACUUCAAGAGAUGUGAUGCCCAAGUUAAUCUACAAAUUGAGGCAAGAGGGUAUGAAAGGUGGAAUUCAUUAUCAGUUUCAUUCUCUUCCGUAGAUAGGUUUGGUGUUUCUUCAGGCCCUAUGGAGAGGGAACCAUACAUCCCCAAGUAUGUUGAAGUUAAUUAUAUUGAAGGUUCUAAUGAUAAAAAGUGUAGUAAUGCGAACUUCCCUUGGACAAAAAAGCUGGAGGUGCUCAUCUGAAUUAUAGUCGAGUUUCUUAUUUGCAUAGAUGUCAUCCUGAUUGUUGUUUGCCUACUUCCACUACCAGGCCAAUAACAAGAAAGUAAUUAGAAAUCACUCAUUUCGCCCCAACCAAAGAGAGGUCAUUAAUGCUACAAUGAGUGGUUAUGAUUUUUUCGUUUUAAUGCCAACUGGAGGGGGAAAGAGUCUCUGACAUAUCAGCUCCCUGCUCUUAUUUGUCCAGGUAUAACGUUGGUAAUUUCUCCCCUACUGUCACUUAUCCAAGAUCAGAUAAUGCAUCUAUCACAGGUAACGUUGAUGAUAUGGAGAAUGAUGACGGUGCCGGCCAGAAGAAAAUAAUGAUGAUGUUAUUGGGGUUGUAAUGGUGGAGAGCUCGGCGAUGGAACGGUGCUUGGAUUUAAGGAUUGAGGGCAGGAGCUCAAUAUCUUAUAAUUGGAGGAUGGUGGUGGUGAUGUUGGAUUACUGUGGUGGAGAGUUGGACAACGGAAUUCCUGAUUUCACAAUUGGAGAAUGGGAGUUCAAUUUUCUGAAAAAUGUGGGUAUGAUGGAUGUGGUAGCGGAAAUGGGGUACAUGGUGGAGAUGAGGGGCAAUGGUCUUUUGGCAAUAUUUGGGAUGCUUUCCUUUGAAGAUGGUGGGCCCUAAAAUCAUGUGAUAGUCAUGUUUCUGAAAAAACCAAAACAUUUGAUUACAACUUAAAUGAGGGGGCAUUAGGAUCUAUGAAGCAAUACUUAAAGGAGGUGCAGUGUCCAUGUGCCCCACUUAUUGUAUCUGAAACUUAUUAGACACCUGCAAAUAAAAUUUUUAGAUGUGUUUUGGAAGUGAGUUGGACACAACAAGCAGGCAUUAAGCAUUUGUUUGGUACUUGUGAUUUGUCUUAUCUUCCUUUUGUAAAUAAUGAAUCUAAAAAGAUAUUAUAUAAAUUACUUGC